AUGGCCAUGGAGUUUUUGAGUCUUCCUCUCGAAAUCAGACUGCAAAUCUAUUGCGUCGUGUUCGGUCGAGGAAAGGCUGUGAUCGAAGCCAACGGUGAGAAUGACAGUGCAUGUGUUCUACCAAAGGACGGCACUUUCCAACAUCACUCGCAGAGAUCCUCUCAACUUUUAAGGGUCAACCGGAUCAUUCUGUUGGAGGCUCGGCCAGUCCUCUACGCAAACACCAGGUUCCACGUCAUGACGCAUGCUUUUGCGGGAAAGUUGCCAGCCCGAGUCACCGACGGUCACCCGUGUGCCCCCUACGUCAAACACUUGAUAUGGCAACUUGACUGUGACAUGUUGAAACGGUUCUACUCGGAAGAUUGUCAGCUAGAACCAGCAGAGGCCGCUCAAUGGCUCAGUUUCGAGCUCCGAUGUCGAGCUGAUACAUGGCGGGAUUCCUUCUUGGGCGAGUGGUGCGAUCGUCAGGCUUUCGUCAAAGGACGGAUUCAAGUCAUCAGUUGUGCGCGCAUGUUUCAAAAUGCGAUGAGCAGUGAUACCCACGGAAAGGCAACCCUGGUUGAGGACAGAACCCAACUUGGGCGGGGACGCGUCAUCCUGAAACUGGAGAGGAACAAACCUGGUUUACCUCAAGAGGACUCGCUGGAAGAGCUCCCCUUGGCCUCGCCGUGA